UGGAAGCCUCACGAGGCCGCCUCGGUUACCUGUGAUGGGAGUAUGAGCCUGAAAGAGGAGGCGACGGUGGGGGCUGAAGACGCUCGCGCAGGCGCGCUUGGUCCGAGUGAAGGGACCUCUUCCGCUCCCUCCCCCUUGCGUUGCGCGUGACUGGAGGGGAUUCAGUCAAACAUUCAUUGCCAUUCAGUCAACCGUCGGCGCUCGAGCGUGCCGCUGCCAAUCAGCGCCUUGGCCCCGCCCAGUCAGGCCGGGGGCGCGUGUUUCGUACUCCAGCCAAGCGGAGUUUGGAUUCCAGGGCGAAGUCCGCGGGAGGGGGCGCGAGCCUCUCCUCCCUCCCUCCCUCGCAGAAGGUGUCGUCCCCUGAGGAGCUGCACGGCAUCUCUCUCUCUCUCUCUCCCCCGACGCAGCUCCUCCUGACAACAUGCAGGGCUCAAAAAAGCUAGUGAACACAAUUCUGGGUUGUGCAGAUGAUUCAUUGGCUGGGAUAGUGGCAUGCAACCCUCAUCUCCAGAUCUUGCAAGGACACAGAGUUGCACUGCGUGCUGACUUGGAAAACCUGCAGGGCAAAGUGGCAUUGAUUUCUGGAGGUGGAUCAGGACAUGAGCCUGCACAUGCAGGAUACAUUGGAAAAGGAAUGCUCAGUGGAGUGGUAGCUGGCCCAGUAUUUACUUCUCCUGCAGUUGGUAGCAUUUUAGCAGCAAUUCGGGCUAUGAAAGAAGCUGGAGCAGUUGGGACACUGCUAAUAGUGAAGAACUAUACUGGGGACCGCUUGAACUUUGGGCUGGCAUUGGAACAGGCCCGGGCAGAAGGGGCUGAUGUGGACAUGGUGGUGGUUGGGGAUGACUCUGCUUUCACCAAACAGAAGAAGGCUGGCAGGAGAGGACUGUGUGGCACAGUGCUUAUACACAAGGUAGCUGGGGCUCUUGCUGAAGCAGGGGUUAGUCUGAAUGAAAUUGUUCGAAAAGUUACUGCUGUUAAAGGCCAAAUGGGCACCCUAGGUGUAAGUCUGUCCCCCUGCAGUGUCCCAGGAUCAAGGCCGACCUUCCAACUUGCUGAUGAUGAGCUUGAACUGGGUUUGGGAAUUCAUGGUGAAGCUGGUGUACGCAGGAUGAAAAUGACUUCAGCAGAUCAAAUUGUGAAGAUAAUGUUGAAUCACAUGACCAGUCGUUCCAGUGACUCACAAUUGCAGCUCAAGUCUGGUGCACCUGUAGUCUUGGUAGUAAAUAAUCUGGGUGGAUUAUCAUAUUUGGAGUUGGGAGUAGUGGCUGGAUCUGCAGUACGGUAUCUUGAAAAAAAGGGUGUUCAUAUUGCCCGGGCUUUUGUUGGCUCUUUUAUGACUGCAUUGGAGAUGGCAGGUGUCUCCCUUACCCUUCUGCAGGUGGAUGAUGAGAUCUUGAGUCUCCUUGAUUCAGAUACUACAGCUGUUGCCUGGUCACAACCUGCCAAAAUGUCCAUCUCAGGCCAGAAAAGAGAGAGGAUAGCACCCAAAGAGAAACUUGAGGAAGAGGAGUCUUUUCCGCCACCAGUACCACCCUCCCCCUAUGUGAGGCAAGUUCUAGAGAAGGUCUGUGACAGACUGCUGAGCCUACAGGAAGAGCUGAAUGAUCUGGAUCGGGCUGCAGGUGAUGGGGACUGUGGCAGCACACACGCACGGGCAGCCAGAGCAAUCCAGGAAUGGAUGGAAGCAAGACCUCUGCCGGCUCACCCCUCUAAGUUGCUCUCUUCCCUUGCAAAGCUCUUGCUGGAGAAGAUGGGGGGUUCUUCAGGCGCUCUCUAUGGACUGUUUCUAACAGCAGCUGCUCAGCCCUUACGGCUUGGAGAUGACUUGUCAUUCUGGUCGUUGGCUAUGGACGCUGGUAUUAAGGCCAUGAUGACGUAUGGAGGAGCAGCACCUGGAGAUAGGACCAUGCUGGAUUCACUCUGUGCUGCUGCUGCAGAACUCAGAAAUCUGAAGAAACCAAAGGCAAAUGCAAUGCAGGUUCUGGCCAAAGCUGUACAGGAGGCCGAAGCUGCUGCUGAAUCUACAAAGAACAUGGAAGCUGCUGCCGGCAGAGCCAGUUACAUCAGUUCAGCCCGCCUAGAUCAGCCAGACCCUGGGGCCGUGGCAGCUGCUGCAAUUCUUCGUGCAGUUUUGGAAGGGCUGCAGAGUAAACCAUCCCAUUCCAUGAUUCAGAGCGUAGCCUAGAACUUGCUAAAAUGCCAUGCAGCUGUUCUUCUCUUCUGCAGGGCUUUCUCCUUGAAUCACAGUACCUUCAAAAUGAUUCUGUGCUCCUGCUCUAACUUACCCUUCACAUUCCUGACUGAGAGCCCUCUUGUAGUGAAUUGCUACUGUGGGUUGUUUCCACGAACCCACGUAUGACAACAGGACUGGGCUUUAUGUUCUUGUUUCAGGAUCAAUCAUUUUGUUUUGUGAAUAAGAGGCCCUGUCUUGUUUUUGGAGCUGGUUCUAUGUCUGUUCCUACACUGACUUCCGCUGAAGUCUUUGGCAUAAACCAUAGGUAGGAGUUGUGCAAACCACCAGGAGCUAUUGAUCUGAAGGUCCCAGCAUUUCUCACCAGUGGCUAUUAUGGCUAAGGCUGCUGUGAGUUGCAGUUCUUCAUCAUCUGAGGGGCUGCACAGUUUCCAACUUUGACUUGAAGCCCAUUUACUGCUAUACUUAACCAGUACUGCACUUUUAAACAUUCUCAUUUAACUAUGCCAACUAAGAUUUCAAUAUAUACCCCUCUAUGAUUAGAGCAGGAUAUCUUUAUGAAAAACUUCAUAAAUAACUAUGUUCAAGAAUAUUGGGGGACAAGAUUAGUAGACUUGGUCAGUUUAACUUGUUAAAAACUUAUCAACGACUAUGUAAAAGCAACUAUGUUUCUCAUUGUACACAUCACUCUCUCCAAAAAUAAGAGUAGGUCUUUAACUCAAAAAAUUUGUAUCUCUGAAUUCUGAAAAGCAUGCUACUAUAUAGUUGAACCAGAUUACUCUUGAUAUAUAACAUUUAAUCCUUUUAGUCCUUACUCAUGAAAUUUGUCAUAAAAGUGUCAAUCAAGUUAUUUUGUCUGUGGCACAACUUCUAUUACAAGACAUUCUGAAACUUAACAAAAUAUACUAGUGAAUAAGCAAAAAUAACAAAGAUAGCUACAACUAAUUCCCUUUGAAAUCCACUGCCUUUAGGAAUUUCCAGCAGAUCUUGCAACUGUUACUGGAAUACAAUGGAUUUUGAAUGAUCUGUCAACAGAUCACAAAUAAUGUCAGGCAACAUCCAACUCACUCUUGUGAGAUAAAAGUGAGUUUUAAUAGUUGCAGCUCACAAAAGGUAAAUUCUGUAAGGAUUAUAAGCACACGGGUUAAGCCAGUACUACCCAAACUCCUGAUAGCUAAAGCACAUUAAUAUUUUUAGACACCCCUUCACCUAAGUAGCAUACAAAAAUAAGAGUGAAAAGGUUAAGCUUAAGGAUAAAAUGUUGAAAUAUUUUAAAUUUAUGGAGAAAUACAAUUUUUGGCUUGGUAUCUUAAGUGGUAAUUUAAUUUUUUUGUCCUGCUUUUUGCCCAAUAUAGAGACUCAAGGUGUCCAACAAUAAAUAUGACACAGUGCAAAUUAAAACAAAGUAAUUGCACAGUCCAUACAUGCCUGAUGGCAGAGAAACAUUUUACCUGCCUACAAAAACAAGGAAGGAUGGGGUCAUUGUAGUCUCUCUAGGAAGGGAGUUCUAGAGGUAAGGCUAGAUCCAGAUCAGUCAGGACAAAUCAGCCUUCACACUGAAGGGAGCAGAGGUAUUCACUUUGAACUUGAAGAUCAUGUUUAGAUUGAUACAUAGACUCCUGCAAUGACUCAACAGAUAUUGAGCAGCUUGUUAGUACAGUGGCAAUGUAAUCUUUCCUAAAGAUCAGCUUCCUUAAAAAAAGUACAACAGUGUCUCAACAUUUCUGAAAACUUCAGCACAAAGAAUAUCAAAGCCUGUAAUUGAGUUUUAAAACCACAGAGAUGGAAAGGGUCUCAUGGACUAUUUAGUUUAACCCUCUGCUUAGUCUCCAGCUAGAACUAAUGAAGAAAUAAAUGGAAUUCAAGAUUGCACAUUUAUUGCAGAAAAAUCCUAAGAAAUUACAUAUUUGUUCAUCCCACUUUGUCUAUGAAUUGAGGAAAGGCUUUUGCGUGUUCCUGAUAUUAUCUUGUCAAGAUAAACCAUGCUUUAUAUCCUAUCUUUUUCCCAAAAGUAGAACACAGGCAGAUCACAAGAAGAGAAAUAUAAAUAGUUACUGUAUUAAAACACUUUAAUUAAACAUAAUUAAAAACAUUAACACAAAGCAUCCACAGUUACCCUUUUCUCAGCAACCAUCCGUUGCCAAAAGCCAUCUGAACAAAAACAUCUUUUCUUCUUUUUGAAGGAAGUUCUACAGCUGGGAGUGCAACCUUAGAGAAUGCUCUGUUGUUUCUCAAAAAUGUCAGGCAGGCUAGUGUGAGACAAUACAGUCCUUCAGAUAAUAGUCUGAAUCAAAAGUAUAUAAGAUUUCAGAGAUCAUUAUCAACCCUAUGAUCUCUGUCCAGAAUAAAUCUGUUAAAUUGUCAUAACAAGGUAAUACUGCACUCUAGAGUUGGCCCAAAUCAAGUCUGGCUAUAGAUUUAGGACCAUGUAGAGUCAGCAUGAUGUAAUAGCUUGAGUCUUAGGCUAUGGCUGGAGACCAGCGUUCGAAUCCCUGCUUGUCUGCGCUAGUCCACUGGAUGCCUUGGGCAAUCAUUCUCUCUCAGCUUCAAAGGAAGUCCAAGAUAAACCCAAUCUGAACAAAAGAUCAGUGAUAGGUUAACUUUAGGGAUGCUUUAAAUCGGAAUUAUUUGAAGGCAUACAAAACCAACAAGCUUCAAAACACUGAAAUUUCUCCCACACAGCAUACUACAGUAAUUUAAAUGCAGAACUAAAACAAUGUGUUUGGAUUUAGGUGCAAAGGAGAAAUUGGAAUUGGCAUCUAUUUGGACCAAGCUUCUAAAGUGGAUAGCUUCCAAUAUCAAAAUUAAGAGAGCCCUAAGAGACCAAACAACUGCUUUGGCACUAAACUAGUGCUCAGCAUUGCCUCCAAAAUUCACUCCUCCAUGGAGGACGUGCCCUGCAAAACAUUACCCCAAUUACCAUACUAGAAGAUGACAAUGGUUGGUGUAUUGAAAGCUGCAAAGAACUAGUAAGAACACAGUCCCUAUCUAAUUCCCAACCUAGAAUAUCCACCCACGAACAAAAUGCUUGUUCCAUAGCCAAGCCUGAAACCUGGAUAAAAUAGUUCUAGAUUGAAGUGGUAGUUCCUGGAUACAUUUCCAGGAAAUAAAAGAAUUGUAGACAAGAGAUAGAUAUGACAUCAGUUAGUGAAAAAAUGAUUGCUACCCCCCAAUAUUUAUAUACUGUCGGCAGCAGUGUUCUAGAUAAUCCACAAAGUUCAAGAACUCUUCUCAUAAGCUUGAUUUGUACAAGGUAUUAGAGAAUAAUAUAUCUUUCUCCAAUAAUAUAUCUUUAGAUUGCUGUGAGUUUUUUGGCUGGAUGGCCAUAUUCUAGCACCAUUCUCUCCUAAUGUUUCACCUGCAUCUGUGGCUGGCAUCUUCAGAGGUGAAUCUCUACAGAUACCAGCCACAGAUGCAGGUGAAAUGUCAGGAGAGAAUGGUGCUGGAGCAUAGCCAUACAGCGCAAAAAACUUACAGCAACCUAAUGAUUCCAGCCAUGAAAGCCUUCAACAACACAAUAAAUCUUUAUUUGGGAUAGGUGGCAAAAUUAUCCAUGUGAGGAGCUGAUGAUGACUGGAAGAAUAUCUUUAUUUUUUCACGCCUUAUAACGUGUCCUAGGUUUUGGUGAGUUAUUUCUAAUCGUUGGUAACAAAACGAGAGAAGAAAGACCAUCCAAUAAGGAUAGCUGUGCCCCAAACCAUUAUUCUCCAUCGUGUGACAUCAAGAAGUAUUCAACCCCAAAUUAAAUUUCAUGCCGAGGGCUGGUUCCUGACCCAGAAGACAUACAUUGCUUGUUCUAAGAGGAGACUCUUAAUGUGGUUAACCAUGGAAAGUAGCCCUCCCUUUCAUGGAUGUCCUUCUCAAAUACCACUGCCAAUUAUUUAUUUAGUUAAAAGAACAAUUUCUGUCAAGAUGACUUUGCAAAACAAAGAUUACAAAAACAAGAAAACUGGGUCACCUCAAAAAAAGUGCAAAUAGGAUCUUGAUUGUUAUGCUUAGACAACAACAUGAUCUUAUGACCUGGCAAUGUAUAAGGUUGGAAUUCCUGGUGUCGCAAGAGGAAAAAAGCUAUGGACUAAGUGGCAACAAAGGAGAUCAUUGGCAAAAUAAGUUUGUUCAGGCCAGUUGUUCUGCCUGCUUUUACCACCCAUCUCAGUUUCCCCCCACCCCAAAAAAUAAAAGCAAUGGAGUGUAGUGCAUUGUUAAAAUGCUAGUGAAUACACCCAUCUCACUGAAUAAAUUUGGGAUGGGCCAUUUAAUAAGGCCUGGGAACCACUUUUUGGCUUCUGAGGCAUUGCGGGCCACGUUUAGCACAAUAAAGCAAUUAAAAAUACAACCCAGACAUGACCCAGUCCACAUCCAGUACAAUUUUUUUAAAAUCUAGGGGUUUGGGGUGGAAAAUUGAGACCUUCCAACCUGUAAACAAAAAAAUACCAUUUUUGGAAACCUCCAAAAUUGGAAAAAAGAUUUCAGGUUAUGGCGACCCCUCACCAUUUUGUGGACCAUUAAACAGGCUUUGGGGCUGCAUGUGGCUCAUGGGUUUCACUUUGCCAACCACUGGGCUAAUUGAAGGUGAGCUCUCCAGAUGCUUUAAAGCAGCAUCCAUACUUUCACUCCCCCCCCCCCCCAAAAAAAAAGGUUGUUUCAAAGGUAGAUUCUGCCACCUUCCUUCUUGUUAGGGUGAUGCAUCCAGGAAGCGGGAAGAGUAAAACUUGGAUCCUGAUCCCACAGAGCUUUCCUGCUGUAUCAUGAAAUUUCUAUGAAAAGACUAUGAAAAAUUUCUAGACUCACCUGCAGCAAGAGGGAAAUAACCAUUUGCUACUGGGAAAAACACACAGUUGCAUGCAAGUAAAUCACACUGAAUGCAAAGGGACUUUCUCCUAUGUACAGGGGUACAUUACUGGAAAUAAAAUUGGUGAAUAAGAGAUAAGAAUAAGGAGAUAAACCCCAACCUAGAAAAUAGUGCUAGAAAAUAGUUCAGAAUGGCUAGUCUAUAAAAAAAAAUGCAUGAACCCUGAAUGUACCUGCUAAACUCUGAAAACAAGUUGUUUCUCAAAAUUUCAUGUGCAAAGAGGUACAGUACUGAAAGAUAAAAGGAAAGUGUUUCAUAAGAUUAACAUUUAUGUAAUAUGUUCGUGUACUGUUUUGACACCCAUGCACACACUUUGGACUUGCUGCUACAAAGAAAAAGGUUCAGAAUGAACCACUGUAAAAGGAGAUUGUUUGUUUUUAGAAUGGCAACUGCUAGUAGUUCUUAUUCAUGUUAGAAUGGUUACCCAAUGGUAGUUUAUGAAAUCUCAGAAAAUUAAGGAUUGUUUCUUUUGAAUCAGAAAUGGAGAAAAGAAGGACCUAAUUAGGAAGAAAGACCUUGCUUGUUCCCAUAAUGUCUCCAUAGCAUUGUUAGACAGGAGGAGCCCUUUCCCCUCUAAAUGCACCACUCAAUAAGAUCCCUGCUAUUGAAACAGAGUGCAAUAUUUGCUUUCCAUUAGGUAUUUUAGAAAUGUUUCACUCCUGAAAAUUGCCAGUGGGGGUGAAAGUUCACUCAUCAAGGAACAUGAAAAAAUCCAGAACCAUGCCAGAAUGAAUAGGAGGGGAGACUUUUUUUUAGGCAAUCAGACUUACUUUUCCCACCAGGAAAAGAUAAUCCUCUUGCAUUUAGGUGCCAUUGCACACAGAUUGAACAUUAAAACUAUAGCCAAGCAAUCAUUUCAGUGCUGAUUUUAAAAUAUGUUUAAAAAACCUCUGAAAUAAAUGAGAACGACAGAAAGUUAUCAACUAGAAAGGUAAGUAUUACAACCUACCGAGUAGCAAUUCACUUGCUUGAUAUGUUACUGCACCCAACAGAAGCAUAAGUAAGGCCAUAUACAUUUGCAAAUAUCAGUUGAAGACUUACUGGUGCACUUCAGGGGUUAGACUUUCUACCAGGAUUGCAGUGAUGGCAAGGGAAAAUAGGUUAAAUCAGAGAAGAGGGAGUAGGCCUGUUCUCUGCUGCCCCAGAGGGUAGAAUUAGAUCUAAUAGUUUUUUUGUUGCAGUAGAGUCAAUUUUGAUUUAAUAUUAGAAGGAACCCAAUUGCCUAGAGAGGUGGCAGGAUCUUUUUCUCUGGAAGUCUUCAAAAACAGGUUGGACAGCUUCCUAAUGGGAUUGCCUUAGUGGAAAUCCUGUACUGAGCAGGAGAUUGAACUUUAUGGCCCAUGAGGCCCUUUUCAGCUAUGUCAGUGGUUCUCAACCUGGGGUCCCCAGGUGUUCUGGGCUACAGCUCCCAGAAAUUCCAGCCAGUUUAUCAGCUGUUAGGAUUUCUGGGACCCCAGGCCAAAAACAUCUGGGGACCCCAGGCUGAGAACCACUGAACUAUGCUAAGUCUCCUGGCUCCAAGCAGUCUAUUUCUUCAGCACCUACCUUCCCUCACGGCUGCAGUGCACAAGAUUUUUGUACCUACUGUCACUGCUUACACCUGCACAGUACAACAAAAAUGUUUUUUUUU